AUGUCCAGCCUCCUCGACUACCCCCACAUCCUUGACCGCAUCGUGCACCACUUCUCCUGGUCCGACCUCGACGCGCUCUACAUCGUCUCCAAAGCUGUGCACGAUAAGAUCAGCUCGAUCAAGCUCCGUCAAGUCGUCUUCUACAUCGACUCGGAGGAGAGCACCACCAUCCACAUCCGCGACCCGUACAAGCAUGGUCUGCUGCUCGUCCUCGACCGCACCGAUAUGGUCCAGUUCACGACGCGCUUCCCUAAGCUCAAGAAGCACACCAAGGUGCUCGACCUGGCGGGCGAUCUGUUCCUCCUCGGGCCUUGGACCGACCUCCUCGGCGAGUUUCUCGCCAAGGUGCCCGCCCUCCGCGCGCUCGAGGGCUCGGUGGGCCUGCUGAGCCCGCUUGUGCGUGACCGGCCGGAGGCAAAGAUGUGGACCCAGCGCGCUGGCGGUCCGCAGAUGGCCGUCGUGAUCCGUGUCCCUGAAGGACACAAGUUCGGCGACCGCAACUUCGACGUCGAGAAGGGCUUCGUCUACUACGGAAUCGGUCUCAAGCCGCACGAGCUUCUAGUUAUGAUCAGCCAGUAUGGCGGCGACCAGGAGCACGGUACCCCGGUGGGCAACAUAUACUCGGCCAUGAGCACGGGAGGAGGCCGCUACACCGACGUCGUUUUCAUCGGCGUCGACGACCUCUACCCUCCUCCCCAGGCUUCUGACCUCGACCGCUUCGCCCGCAACUUUGGCAACGCGAUGAACGACCCCGACCUCUGGAAGCUUUACCGCUUCCCCGAGCAGCCAAACAUCAGCAUCAAGUACCUUUCGGUGCGCGAGUACCGCUCCCAGUGCGGGCUCACCAACGAGCAGUGGGAUCUGCUCAUGUUUGCUCCGGGCAAGGGGUUCCCGCUCCCGCAGGAGUGGUCCUAG